CUCGCCGACGCGGACAAAUGGAGGCACCAGAUCACGCGGGAGAUCAGCCGCAAAGUCGCGGAGAUUCAGAACGAAGGAUUAGGCGAGCACAGGCUCCGCGACCUCAACGACGAGAUCAACAAGAUUCUGAGAGAGAGAGAGAUGGCACUGGGAGAGACGGAUCGUUGAGCUGGGAGGUCCUAAUUACAAUAGGCACGGCGCGAAGAUGACGGAUCUUGAGGGGAACAUCGUUGAUGUACCGAAUACUAGCGGAAGAGGUUGUUAGCGUUGGAGCGGUUAAGGAGGUUUUGUUUGAGGAGGAGGAGGAUGUGGUUGAGGAAGAGAGGAAGGAGGAGAAGGAGAAGGAGAGGGAGUUUGUGGUGCAUGUUCCUUUGCCUGAUGAGAAGGAGACUGAGAAGAUGGUGUUGCGGAAGAAGAAGAUGGAGUUGUUGAGAGAGUAUGCUAGUGAGGAUUUGGUUGAGCAGGAGAAGGAGGCUAAAGCUAUGCUCAAUAUCCAUAGAUAGAAACACACUUUUAGGUGGGUGAUUGAAUAUUUUUAGCUUUAGUCUUGAGAAUAAUAGUAUUAGUACCCUUGUGGAUGGAGUUUAGAUAGAUAUGCAGGAACUGUUAUUUCAAUGGCAAAUUACAAAAUCCUUGCUUAGUUAGUGCUUGCAAGGGAUUUUUCUACUAUGCUGUCUUGAUAAGUAGGAGAGGCUGAUAAAUCUUUGUGCUCAAGCUAAGAAGUUGCCUUUUGGAACAAAGUGUGGGAUAUAAGGAGGGAGAAGUGUGAGUGAGAAACAAACUCUUGUUCGCUUAUGUUAGCUCUACUUUUUGUAUUCUGUGUUUUAAUUUAUUUGCGGUCACAGAAUCAUUUCUUCUU